AAUCCUCAGCUAACUCUAAUCAACUAAAGCCAAAGCGCCUUUUGGAAAUAUGCUGGGCACAACUUCUGUGAAGCCACCGACGGUGGGAGGGGCUUGGGCUCAAGGUUCUCUCUCCCUAAAACCCGAAGACGAUGGUAAGGCUUCAGGCGGCGGAGGAGGAGGCACUCUCGCGACGGGUUCACCCCCAACGGCGGCGAAGAAGAAAGCUUUUGGCCCUCCGCCGCCCCUCACGGCUCCCGACGGACAUGGCGGAGAUUCCCACCAUCAUUAG